UUUGAUGCCUGUUGCUCACCUUCCACCUCCAGUAAGCAAGCAGGGGUGAGAUGUGUGCUUCUCUCGUGGAUGGGAGGGAGGGUGGGAUCCCAAAGCUAGGGCUGGUUUGGGAACACCCAGGAGAACAGAGUUCUGGCAGCUCUGUCUCAUGCAGAGCCAUCAGCACACAGUGCAGUGCCUUCUGUGAGGACAGAUGUUGUUUUUUAACUCAUUAUUAGGGCUUUGCUGUGCUGUCCCAAAGCAGUUGGGCAGAUCCCAGAUCUUGUCCUGAUCCCACUGCAGAUAACGAUGAGUGCCAGCUCCCAGCUCCAGCCUUGCCACCACGCUGCUGCUCUCUGCAUCCUUCUGCAGCCCUCCUGUGUUGAGCUUGGGGUCUUUGCCCUGUUGCCACCCAUGAGCUGCUUCAGAAUUUUCAGUACCUCCAGCUCUCAACGUUUUCAUUAUGGGGUAUUUAGGUCUGGUUCCGAAAAUGAAGCACAGCUUUCUGUCUGAUUUCCAAGCUGCCACAAACACUGGGAAGAUCUGUGUGUCUCGUUAUGUCCUGGGCACGGUAAGUAAACCUGAGGGAAGUGCAGAAGGGAAAAUCACAUGAAUUCCCAAUCAGCACUGGAGAGCCAGGAGAGGUCCCUGAGUCCUGCUGGGGUCCUGGCUUUGGCCAGGUGCUGGCUCAUGGUGGGGUUUGCUCCCCUGCAGGACAGAGAUGCUCUUUGUAAUCAGAAACCAAUGCUUCAUGUUGGGUCUGCAGCUGGCUGUGACACUUGUAGGGGCAAUGGGGUGCAGCUGUGAUGCUGGUGGUGACUCCAUGCCCUUGUUAUCAGCCUGGACAGGAAACUGAAGGACAUGCAUCAUGCAGCAGCACUUCCAUCCCUUCCAUCCUUAUCUCCCCCACCAACACUUCCCCAUGGCCACGGCAGCUUGUCCUUGGAGCCUUCACCAGGGAAGGGGUGUGGGCAAAACUGCCUUUGCUUGGCUUCAAAAAUGAGCAUUGGAGAGAGAACACCUCCCGGUGCCAAGAUCCAUUCUUCCCAAGCUGUAGGGAGGAAAGAAGCUCCACUCCAGGUUCAAGCAAGGCAGAGGGGAUUUAAAAUGGAAGUAGGAAAGAUAACAGGACAGUGUCUUCUCCCUCCUCAGAAGAGGGAAGUGUCAAAUUCAAGGAAGAGGCCACCUGCUUUCCACAGGCUCCUUUAGGUGAACUUGGCCAUCUCAUCUGCCAUGAAGAGGGAACCUGCUCGACUUCUCCAAGCUGAUCCCAAUUCCUCCUUGCGCUUUUGCUUUACCCCUUGCAUGUUCCUGGUGCAGCCACCUACUUAGGGGAUGUGAAAGCACAAACAGCACGAAGGGACUCAGGGAACAAAGAUCCAUCCCCUAGGGUGGAGGGCUCCACAAGCAGCACCCUGAAGCCUUGCACCCCUCCUCUAGUCUCAGCUGGGUUUUUCUACUCAGCAAUGGGAUGGACGUAGCCGGGGCAGAGGGCAAGUCUGUCACACUCCACCUUCAGAACCUGAUAGGAGAAUACUUGACCUGGAGCUUCCGUGAUGAACCCAUAUUGGUUAUCAGAUUGGGGGCAUCUCCUAAACUCGUGUUUUGUGACAAAUCCUUCGUGUUCUGCGUGGCCUUUCCCAACAGCAGCUCACCAUCUAGCAGCUGAGGAGGAGUGGCACCUACUUAACAAAAAACGACGAGGUCAAAGUGAACUUCACCCUGCAUGUGUACCGUGGAGCUGCUGGAGCUGAUGGUGAGCUGCACCGGGUGGAACUGCAAUGCACUGUGGACCCCCCCAGGGGGCAGUUCCUUCUUUUGGAGCUACAAAGAUCAGCCAGACAGACAGGGAUCUGAGUGGUGGUGGUGAUGGAGAGGCAGAAGAACCCUGCAGAUCUGAAGCACCUGCACAGCACAGAACCCCGUCAGCAGCUGCAACAGCACUGUCUUUCCCUCUGCCCUUUGUGCAGCCACACAGUCAUCAUAGCAGGAUUGAUGAUUGGACUUCUCUUACUCUUGGCUAUCAUCAUUACCACUGUUAAAUCAAAAGGCAGGAGCAGCCAUGACCUAUCUGGUUCCUGCAGCUCCAAGAGCAGGGGCUGCAGCAGAGUACAUGACGGUGUAUGCUGAGGUGGGUGCUGUUCAGCAGAUGCACGCAUGGAAUUUCCCUCAGGCACGGAAAGGUGACCCAAAGAAGUCGCCAGCCUCAGGGGUGGAGACCUUCAAAACCACUUAUGCCAUCAUUCAAGACAUAGCCCAGGUUGCAGACAGAUGAUUAGAAGAUGAGCAGCAGCACACUGGGGUGCUGGGAGCAAGAGAAAAGCCUUUACUUGAUGGUCGUUGAGCUGCAUCCCAUGGAACAGCCCUGCAGUGCCCACAAUGCCUGCUGAGAGCAUAGAUCUGCUCCCUGCUGCUGGGGAGCCGUCCCCAUCACGGACACAGUGCUCAUCUGGGACAAGAGAUCUGAUGCUGUGUUGCCAUCUGGCACUCGCCCUCAAGGGAGAAGAUCAGGGGGGCAACAACAACACUCUGCACAGCGAUAUCUCGGAGGCUACGGGAGCUCCCACCACAGCCACCAGGGAUGUGAGUGGGCUGACAACGAGACCAGUGGGCUUCCCCAGCCCCUCUGAUGCUGGGAACCUCACCACCAUCACUGUGCCACUGCAAGCUGAUGCCCCAGGGAACCAAACCCGAAAUGAAUCGGGCUUCCCCAUCAGGUAUUGGUCCCCCAUCAUUUUUGUGGUCUUUGCUCUGCUCGUGCUCUUCUUCACCUACCGCAGGACCAAAGGCGACGGGUCACGAGAGCCAACCACCUCCAUCAGUGACUUUUCAGAUGAAGCCGCCCCAGAAAACGACACAGCUUUGAUUGCUCCUCGUGCACAGAAGAGAUCAGACAACCCUCUGCCCCAGGAGCAGAGCAAAACCACCCCCUGCCAGCCAGACCCCCCUCAGAACAGCCUUCCCAGCAGCCCACAGAUCCCACCACUGUAGGCAGUUCCCUCUGCUCUGGGGUUCCUGUUGAUGACUGAAGGUGAAGCAGGGGAACCAGAAGCUUUUGGACACCCUGAAGGAGCACGAGGCCACUCCAGAGGGACAAACUGUGCCAACACACCUGGGCAGAAGACAGAUGGAUGCUAGAGGAUGUGAGCAUCCACCUUGGUCCAGCAGAAGGAUGCUCGGAUGCACGGCCACCUCACUGCAAAAUGAGGACCUGUGUGGGACACGUGUACAUUUACUGCACCCAAGGAUAGGUCACAGUGGAACCAAUAAAGCAGCCUUUUGCCCCAGAAA